UCUCACUUUACAGCUAUCUUGGUACCCUUCCACCGACCUCUCAGACGUAUAUAAGACUCGCGGGUGGACGACGUUACGCCUUUCGGCAUGACGACCACGACAUACCACCCGCUGAGGGGUAGCGAUUUGCAUGAUAUCAAGUACAUUUACAGUGAAACGGCGGUCGCCUUUGCGUUUUUUGGCAUACAGGCUACACUCUCUAUCGCUGCCGCAAAUGCCCUGAUGGCGAGGCGAGGACGAUCACGUUGGACGCUGGCCGUCAUUCUGAGUCUCUUGCUCUUCUCACUCAUCGAGCUCGUCGGCCAUCUUGUUUAUUAUCUGAUCCAAUUCCCGGCGGGGUUUGGGACGUCGGUCGAGGAUAUCAGUGAGCUUCUCAACCGCUUGGUAAUUUUGAACGUGGUGGCCGAGCGCGUCAAUUAUGUCUUGAGUGACGCGAUUGUGAUAUGGCGGGUAUGGGUUUUGUGGUCAGACAGCCUCGUCGCUAAGGGCGUCUUGCUGGUGUGCAUGGGUGGAAGCCUCGUCGGCGCAAUUAUCAAUACUAUCUGGACUGUACGCCCCGCUACGGCCUUCCAGACCGCGAAGUCUAGGGCUCUGGCUAUCACCAUACCAUUUUUGUUCACGAAUGCUGUUGCAAUAAUACUCGUCGGCCGUCGAGCAUGGAUCUAUCGUCGUAGCGUCAAGCAGAGACUCGGUUUGUCGACGAAGACCCAGAUAGAAAACAUCCUAUUUCUUCUGCUGGAAUCGGGGUCGAUUUAUUGCCUCGUAUGGGUCGUCUAUCUCGUAUCAGAAUUCACUGCAGGAGCAGACACGUUCAAUCCGGUGCGCAUCGUCGGCACUGUCGUUCACAACAUUUCGGGCAUCUAUCCUACUAUCGUCAUCCUCGCAGUCACCCACAUUGGCUCGACGCAGAGUCUGCUAGGCACAACACACGUCUCGCAAGACAUCCGCUUCAUCGACUCAACAAGUCACCCAGAAAGGACGUUCGGCGACAGCACAACAGACGCUGAGAUAUCUGGCCAGACGCACAGCAAUGACGCUUGCAAGUCGGUUGAGUCGUCGAGCACCCGAGGACUGUCUGCCGCGGAUCGCACCGAGCUGGAGCUGUGCGAAAUCAGAAGAAUAUCGAGCGAGCGAGACAGCCUUAGGUCUACGGAGUUGACGACAAGAGACACCCUUGGCGAGGGUCUGUGAUCUUGAAGACAAUGUAUAAAUACACCGAUAUGUAAUAUACAGCUCUGUAUGUCCAUCCCCUUGUACUGCCCCUCUUUAUGUACGCUCAUACGACGUUGAACCUGACCUGGGGGUUCAAGGUAAGACCGA